AUGACUGCAGACAAUCCGCAAAAGCGUAGCGAUCCUUUUCAAUUCGGCACUCGUUAUUUGGAAGAAGGCGACGAUAUCUUCGCACACAAUGCUUGGGACCACGUCGAAGUGGAUCCUCAAUAUCACGACUUUAUAGAGCAACAAACCUUGUUUCAACGAGAGCAUCAGGUCAGCGACUUUGACAAGCAGCGCUUCAACGACAAGCCAGAGAAAUGGUGGGACCGUUUCUACUCCAACAAUCAAGCCAAUUUCUUCAAGGACCGCAAAUGGCUCGUGCAGGAGUUUCCCGUGCUUGGUCACAUCACCCAAGAGAACCACGGUCCGGCCACUGUACUUGAGAUUGGCGCCGGCGCUGGUAAUACUGCAUUUCCUAUCCUAGCUAUGAAUAGGAAUCCGCGGUUGAGAUUGCAUGCCUGUGACUAUAGCAGUAAAGCGAUCGACAUUAUUCGAGCACAGCCCACUUACAUCAAUCAAGGCAAUCAGGUCUUACACGCGGAUGUCUGGGACGUCGCAAGUGAGCAGUUACCGCCCGGACUGACCCCUGGCUCGGUGGAUGUAGUGCUUAUGAUUUUCAUCUUCUCCGCUCUAUCUCCUUCUCAGUGGCGUCAAGCCGUGCUCAACGUCUUUUCGCUUCUCAGACCAGGCGGUGAAGUGCUGUUCCGGGACUACGGUCGUGGCGAUCUGGCCCAAGUGCGGUUUAAGAAGGGUCGCUUUCUAGAGGAAAAUUUCUACGUUCGCGGAGACGGUACGAGGGUGUACUUCUUCGAAGAAGAGGAGCUGCGAGACAUCUGGUCUGAGCAGUCGGGUGUUCUGAAUGAGGAUGGAAGCAUCCCGAAACAGGCUGGCUUUGAGGUUUUGGACCUGGCAGUGGACAGGCGAAUGCUGGUCAAUCGGCAGCGGAAGCUGAAGAUGUACCGUUGCUGGAUGCAAGGUCACUUUAAGAGGCCGCUGGCCACAUGA